AGAGUCUUUGAAUCGAACGCGGUUUGUCGUUGAAUUUUAUUCGUAUGCUGGACAUUAUGCGAUACAUUAUGUCAUCGUUGUUCAGUCGUUAAAAGUAAAUUUUUCGUUGUACACGGUAUUACAAGUAACAAGUGCACAAGUUUUGUCUUACUUGGUAUAAGAAAAAGUGUGUGUUUCGGUUGUUUAACAUAAAUAUUGAAAGUUAUGAAAUUUGUCUGAAUUUUUAUUCGAAGUUAUCUUUAUUGACGUGAUACAUAGAAGAUCAAAAAAUUUGAAAUGCAUCAUCUAACACUUUCUCUGUUUGCAACAAUUUUCCUCAACUUGUGCAACUACGUAAAUGGUCAAGGUGUUUUCGUUUCCGCUCUAUUUCUGGGCGAACCAAAUUUAUUCAACUCAACUCGAGACGACUGUUACUGGAAACGAGGGAAUGAGAGGGACCGAUGUCCGGAUAAAGACAUUCGAAUGAUUUUAUUUACCUCAACCAAUCCGCCACGCAGGACUGAGUUGGAUGUAACACAAAAAGAUUGGCUUAUGAACAGCGGAUGGCAAUCUCAAAAACAAAAUGUCAUCGUCAUUCACGGCUAUGCGGGAAGCGAAGAAACUCCCCCAGUCGGCGUUUUGAAAGACGCUUAUCUGACCCAUGGUGACUACAAUGUUUUCCUGGUCGAUUGGGGAGCACUAUCUAAGCCGCCGUGCUAUGUUGCUGCCGUUCAUAAUUUGAAACCAGUCGCACGGUGUGUGGCUCAAUAUUUUUCAUUUUUACGAUAUUCUGGACUGCCAGAGUCCCGGACAACAUGUGUCGGUCAUUCUCUAGGAGCUCACAUGUGCGGACUGUUAUCAAACUAUUUAGAUUUCAGAAUUGAAAGGAUAAUUGGACUCGAUCCUGCACGACCAUUAAUCAAGCCCGGAGUAACGAACCGCUUAGACAGCGGUGAUGCUAAAUCGGUUCAAGUACUGCACACAAACGCAGGAUACUAUGGAGAGGGUGGCAAGAUUGGUCACGUUGAUUUCUGCAUGAAUGGUGGCCGAAAACAGCCGUACUGCGAGACGACAAACAACGCUAAUCUCUGCAGUCACAUCUGGUCAGUCUGCUAUUUAGCACAGAGUAUCUUCGACAGUUCACUGGCUCAAGCAGAACCAUGCCAUAGACGGUGUCCACCAGGACCGAUUGUGGGAAGGAGAGCCAGAAAUCAGCUGAGGAAUACCAUUGGUGCUACGAUCCCAAUGGGACAUGAUGCUCCGAUGAAUGCCAUUGGAUCGUAUUGCAUAAAAGACUUUACUCCGCCGUUCUGUCCGUCGAACAGUUCAACCUUCGGCGAUAUGAGAUGUUGUAUAGACAAGGCAGUGCUCGGAAAUAAUAUCAAUCCACCACCGCUGGUUUACAAACCGUCUAGAAACCAUAAAUUUUGUUCGAAAAUAUUUUUAAAUUUUAAAUUUAAAGUGCAACGCCGCGCAUUCACAAUUAUGUUAGUCAGUUACGUUAUCAUUUCCGUCAUUGUUAUUCACAUCGAUGCCGUUCAAUUCGAGCUGGGGCCAUGUCUGUUACAGUAUCUGGAACCGUGUUCCGAUGAAGUUAUCCAAUUUUAUAUAUUUUCGAGUGAUAGACCGAACAGUGCACCGCUGUUGUUGGAUCCGAAGAAUCUAACGAUUCCAAAAUGGCUUAACCUAAACAGUACGAAUAAACUUAUUGUGCAUGGGUAUGGUGGCAAUUUAGAUUUUUAUGCCACCAAAGCAAUAAGGAAUGAAUAUCUAUUAAAAAACGGUACCAACAUUAUCAUCGUGGACUGGGGAAAAUUAUCAAUGUUACCCUGCUAUCCCGGAGCGGUUUUUAACACUAAACAAGCCGGAGAAUGUGUGGGAAACUUUCUGUUAAAACUGGCGCCAUUGUUCGACGACGAGAAGAUAUUUACGAAACUUCACAUGAUUGGAUUCAGUCUGGGUGCGCAUAUAGCUAGCUAUGCGGCCAACAUUGUACGCAGGUCGCUGGGACUGGCGUUUGAGCGAAUUACAGGUCUCGAUCCAGCAUUACCAUUUUUCACAACCGAUCGCCAUUCGAAACUCGAUAGAACCGACGCGAAAUUUGUGGAUGUAAUCCACACCAAUGCCGGAGUUUUCGGAAAAAUUGAACCAUCCGGUCAUGUGGACUUUUACAUCAACGGUGGUCAGACACAACCCGCUUGUGAACAACAUAAAAACGUUCCGUUAUGCAGUCACAUAUUGUCAACGGUCUAUUUCGCUGAAAGUAUUAACAGUAAAAUCGGUUUUACCGGACAUCGUUGUUCCGGAUACUUUCAAUAUUUUCUCGGCUUUUGCACACCACAAUCGCGAACCAUUCCGGUUCCAAUAAAAAUGGGCGAACCGUGUCACGUCCGUGCUAGAGGAAUCAUCUUCAUCGAUACCAACGAUAAACCACCCUAUGCAAUUGGGUGAAUGGAAUGAAACUGUAUACGGGCAACGAAGAGGCUAUACACCCAAUUAACGAAGUGUGAUAUACAGCAAAAUGUACCGUGUAAUGAGUUUGCGAUCCAAACUACAGUUAAAAACCUAAAUAAUGUGCGAAUUAUUUCAUGUGUACUAAUCGACUAAAAUGACUACAUUUCAAGCGAAACUAUGGAUAAUAUUCGGAAUAAUUUGUGCUAUGACCAAAUCAUCCAUACAACUACCGGUUUCAGCUAACAGGGAAAGUAGAGAUAUAAAUGUUGGAUCAUGCACUUGGGUAAUCGAUCGAAAAUGUCCGGACGAAAAUAUUGGAUUUUACUUAUUCACGAGGAAAAAUGUGAAAGACAGGCAGUACAUUCACAUCGAUGUUAAUUCCAAGACAUCGAAUAUUUCACUGUCCUAUUUCGAUCGACGUCAUCCGGUUAAGAUCAUCAUCCAUGGUUACAAUUCGGAUAUGUUUCUACAACCGUUGAUUGUGAUGAAAGAUGAAUAUCUGCAGAGAAGUAAUUUCAAUUUGAUUUACGUUGACUGGAGUGAUUUGGCACCGUCUCCUUGUUAUUUGAGUGCUGUUCAUAAUAUUAAACACGUCGGCGCAUGCAUUGCCCAAUUAGUAGAGCGAAUAUUAGAUCUUGGUACUGACGACAUACAUGUCAUUGGUUUCUCAUUGGGUGCCCAGGUUACAAAUUACAUUGCGGUUAAUUUGAAAUCGUUCAAAUUACCCAGAAUAACAGGCCUAGACCCUGCGAUGCCGCUGUUCAUGACAGUAUCCCAAGACGAGAAAUUAGAUCCUAGUGAUGCAGAUUUUGUCGACGUGAUUCACACGAAUGCACUCAUACAAGGCAAAAUUGAACGAUGUGGUCAUGCCGACUUUUACAUGAAUGGCGGGGUUAUGCAACCCGGUUGUUUUGGCUCGGGUUCAAAUCCGUUCGCUUGUAGUCAUCACAGAGCUCCAGACUACUACGGAGAAUCUAUCAGAAGCUUGACAGGCUUCUGGGGAUGGUCGUGUCAAAGUUACAUCAACUACCUCUUCGGAUUAUGUCCGAGAUCCGAGCAACUUUUUGUUGCUGGUGAGGACUGUCGAACGGAGACACGAGGAAUGUUCUUAGUGACAACGAACAGCGUAGCGCCAUUUGCUAUUGGCCGAUGGACUGACCUAGUUACUGACAAUAAAAAAUUUACGAAAUUGAUGCCCUUCACCAGAACUGGCGAUCCGCUGCAACGACACAUCGAUCCUUGGGGAAAAAUCGAAGGACAUUUUAACAACUUAGAACAUUUCCCGACGCCGUAUUCUCAAGAUCCGAACGGAUUGCAUUGGCCGUACUUCGAUCGGUCAAGUGAUGACACUCAUCGACUAGAAGAAAUGAAAGUUGAUGUUCUGGCUGCAUUAACUCCUACUACUGAACGAGGUGACGGUGAUUCGAUUUUAGUGCAAAAGUUAAAGCAUUCGUUGACCAGCAAUUCAACGAGACAAACAUUUAUCGAAAAUUAUAAGAGUAAUUUAACCAAAGGUUUCAUUGAUGACAAUGUGUUCAGCAUACCAGAAGUAAUUUUAAGGAACUAAGUCAAAAGUUAUUGUUAAUAAAUCAUCCCAUUCUCGCCAAAA